AUUUACUCAUCUGUCUAUUAUAUGUAAAAUAUCAGUCAAAGCAGCUAAAAUGGAAACAAAGGGGCGAUGUGACUAAAUGUGUGAAUUUAUUUCCACCAAACACUGCUGCUGCUCACAAGACUGCAGCAUGUGAUAUCGAUUAGUGAGAAAGGAGGACAACCUAGAGGAGAACCGCUGCUUUGUUUCAGCCUUUGGUUUGCUGGGAAACAUACGAUUUAAACGGCAGCAGAUUUCCAAUGGAUGAAGCCUUAAAAAGAAUAAUGUAACCAAAUUGAGCGAAAAGAGCAGCCUUUAGUGAUGAAUUAUACACUCUGGGUGUGAAUCUCCAUUCCACAUCAAGGACCAAACAUGGUGCAUGUUUACAACUGUCAUCCUUUUGCAUCCCAGCAGAUUGUGCAGGUGGAGCAGGAACCUGGAUUAGUGUGCUGUGGCGGCACAACGCUGUUUGUGGUGACAACAGGAGGAUGCAAGGUGGAGGCAUACAAUCUGGAAAAGGAGGGCUGUCCUCUAAUCUGUCGCUUUGCCACCAUGGGCACAGUGAGGAGAAUCCAGCACAGUACUAUAGGGGACUACUUGGUAACCAUAGAGGAAAAGAACAGCGCCACCUAUCUUAGAGUCUACACAAACUGGCGUUAUCAGGCAGAGGAAAAGGCGCGUGUUGGGGUGCGUUUAUUGGGCCACUUACUCCGUGGAGCGUCUGCUUGGGGCGGAGUGCAGAUGGAGAUCAUCGAGAUCCCUCUGUCCGAGCAUCCUGUCGCCCUGGCAUCCUGCCCAGUGAAGGGGGACCUGCUGGUCGGCUGCGAGAAAACUCUGGUUCUUUUUGCUUUAAAGAGACAUACCCAACAGAACCUGAAGGAGAACCAGCAGAACCUUCAGAGCUCCUGGUCGAACACAGAGCAGAGCUGCAGUCAGAAUCGAGGUCAGAAUUCUGCUGCCAAUCAGGAUCUUUCUGUCUUGGACUUUGAACGUUCUGUCAUCCUCCAUUUCUCAAAGAUCUUUCCUAAACAGGUGGCGCUGUGUGGAGGAUAUGUGGCUAUUCAGGGAGAUCUUGAAGUUCUGGUUCUGAAAUUGAGAGCAACAACUGAAACCACAGCAACAGAGGAACCAUCAGACUCCUUUAAGAGUGGCACUAUGUGUUCAGCAGAUCAUCAAGAGGACCAGGUCGAUUUCCUGCUUAUUCCCAAACACCAGGAGCUGCUCGGUGAUCGAGCCAAAGAGUGUGACAUCCCCAUCAACAUCGAACAGACUGGAAUGGAGGAAAGCAGACACUAUACUUUGUCCUAUGUUCUUUUUAGGCGGUUUACUCCAGAGUUCUUUCAAGGCUGUAGUGUGGAGGAGAUGCUGCUACACUCCCUGCAGAUCUACCCAAUGUUCACCUGUAACCAAUCGGUGUCUGUGGAUGAGCCAGCCUGCAUGUUUUGUUUCUUUUCUCUUCCGACUGCUGGAUACCUGUACAGUCUGAGGGGUGGAGUUGAGCUGCUUUCUGCCUAUCAGUAUCCGGAGAAGGUGCUGCAGGCGGUGCUAACAGAUCACCUGUUGCAUGUCAUAACAAAGAAUGCAUUGCAGUCUUUCACUGUGCGUUGUUCAGCAGUAGCAGCCAGGGUUGAGGACCCCUACAUUGACACCACCAUGAAGGCUUGUCCACCGUGCAGCCUGGAGGUGUGUGCGCUCAGAAUGCAGUUAUUUAUUGGUCUGCAGUCAGUGUGUGCCUAUGGUUGCCAUGUUAUUCUACUCUCCACUGCCGACACAGAAACUCCAGAGGAAACAGAACGACACACACAACGCAGGGGCCUUGAGUUGAAAGAGCACAACAUGCUGACUGCUAUUUUCCUUGCCGUGGGAAUCGAUCCCGCAACCACACCUGCUCUGGAGAGCCUUCUGUCACGCCCCUUCCUGAGCAGGAGGUGGGCGAUCUCAUCCCCCAAAGAAACCAGCACGGUUGGACAUGGCUGGAAUCUCUAUGUUGUCAACACCGUACCCCCCCUCACACUCUACCAGGAAAUGGUUGAGUACAGCCAGCGCUAUGCAGAGAAUAACCCUCAGGGCCUAGGGCUUCGACACCUCCUCAGUGAAGCUCACCUCCUCCUCCGCUCGGCCCUGCUGGAGUCAUCGGAGCGGCAGCAGAGCGGCAAAUGUGACAGAAAUAUGGCUGCUCCGACACACAGGGAGGAGCUGGAGGAGGCGUUCAGGCAGAACUGUGCCCAGCUUGGAGACAGUUUCAGCAGGGGUAGUCAGAAGGAUUGCCACCUGGCCUUGCCGUACUACAGGAUGUCCGGUCUGUCGGUCACUGAAGUCAUAUCCCGGAAUCGCCCACUUCAAGGCAGCCCUCACUCCUAUGGACCUGGUUUUCUGUUUUACCUAAAACAUUACCUGUUAGAGGAAAUGGACCAGAAUCUCAGUCAGGAAGAUGCAGAUGAUGUCAUUCGAAUACUCAGCAAGUCGGAGCCCUCGAUACUCGUCAGUGUGUGUGCUAGUCCCUGCAUGGUGAACCUUGACCCCGCUGCAACGCUGCAGACCUUGAGACGUUUGGAGGACACCAUGGGUGUGUCUGUGCCUCUGACAAUCAGCAUGGCAGCCAUGGCACUGCGUCUGGGCGCCGUGGCACAGUACACAGAGCUGAUGGAGAGACAUGCUGAGAUGCUGCUGGUGUAUGGGUUCAUUGAGGAGCCAAGGUUGCUGCUGCAUGGCGGCGGAGGAGCCAAACAUAACCAGGUCUGUCCCACAGCGUUGGCCCGACAGCUGGCAGACUCCCAGCCUGGACUGCUUGUGGCUGCCAUGGUUGCCUUAUAUGAGAACAGUAAGGUCCAGCUGGAACAGGCGGAUCAAGUUUUUAAGGAGCUGGGAUAUGAAAACACCUUACAGGUGGACUUUUGGGAGGCGAUGCUGAUGGCCUCUUCCCAGGAUCCCGUCAUUCAGGAGCUUCUGUUCAGACUGGCUUCAGUUUACAUCGACCGACUGACAGCCAAUGAAUCCCUAACAAAACACAAGUCCCUGAAAAGUGCAGAUGACCUGAUCAAUUCAUGCUCUCAUUACGGGGCUCUCUACCCAUGGCUCAGUGUCCUGGACCCAGCUCAAACUUUCAGCUACCACCACAGGGAAGCGCUUCACAAACUGCAGUCCCUGCUAUGUGGUCCGUCUCUCUCUGUCGGAACCGUUGCGCCUCUGUUGGAGAGUCUGUCUGAGGAAACCCUGUGGGCCUUCAGCCUGCACCUCCUCUGUGACACCAGAAGAGGUCACUACAACAGCAGCAUCGAGCAGUUAUUGGACCGGUGUCCACAGGCCAUUAUAGCCUACGCCAACCACCAGUUACAAGAUAAACACAUGUCUCUCUGGUGGAAGAAGCUUCUCCCUGAGCUGUGCGAGCGAACAAGGGCAGCUGCUGAUAACAGCAUCCUGCUCGGGGCUCUCAAAGAGACCCUGGUUGUGGUUGCAAUGGAGACAAGCCCCGCAGAGUUCCUGGAGCUUAUACCAGACGACGGCACAGCGUCGUAUUUCCUGCCUCACCUGUUGACGUGCAGCCAAAGACACCUGCUGACCUAAAAUACGAAGAGUCAAAUGAGCAAAAGGACAGAAGAUUUUCAGGACUUAAAAUCUGAAGGGGAGCAGUUUGAGCUUCUGUGUUUUAGGCACAGGUCCAUAAACAGAUCAGCAGAUGUUCUGCCUGCUGUGUCUGUAUGUUUCUGGGAAGCAUGGGUGGUUCAAGACAGGUGCCAACAGGGGCCAGUGCCCCUGUAGAUCAUGUCCUGGCUCCUGUUAUGGCCCCUGCACUGGAGGCAUAAUGCUCAGAGAAAUUCUGAUAAUGAUAUGUACUAGAACAGACAUGGUUACUGAUAGGUUAUUUCGAUUUAUACAUUUUUUUUCCCUUACAAAUUCUGUUUCACUAGUCUAAAAACAAUAAGGUGAUAGCUCCAGUGGUAUUGAGAUAGGAUCCCAGUUUUCAUCUGCUAAAUGGUUUUGUCAAAACAAAUUUAAACAAUACUCUAAUUCUUACAGCUGAAUUUAUCAGUUUUUCUUGAAUUAUAAUUCAGAUUGUAUAGAAAACGGUAAUUUUUAACUUACAUGAAGUCAAAAUGUGUAAAAUUCCUAAAUUAUAAAUGUAUAUUGACCUAAUAAGAUAUCUAAUCUAAUUGAAUAGAAAUUUCACUUCAUGCAGCUGUCUUAAUAUAUUUGAAUCCGUCACCCUGUUUUUUAUUUCAUGCUUUUCUGUGAAAACACGCUGGCCCCCUUCUAGCACCUUGUUACAUUUGGUCUAGAACCGCCACUACUUGAUAGCCUUAGACAAUCUGCUAUUCUAGGAUUUAAAACAAUCAGACAUUUGACUUUUCAUCAAAGUGUAUUUAUUUCCUUCUGCAUAUGUUUAAAAAAAUAAGAUAAAAUUAUGGAGCUUUUGACUGAUUUUACCGACUUCAGUCUG